UCCUGCCUGCCGUUAACGGUUCGGAUACAGCCAAGGUUAGAGUCAUCAUGGGAAACAUCUUUGGGAACCUGUUGAAGAGCCUGAUAGGCAAAAAGGAAAUGAGGAUCCUCAUGGUGGGGUUGGACGCUGCUGGGAAGACAACCAUCCUCUACAAGCUGAAGCUAGGAGAGAUCGUCACUACCAUCCCUACAAUCGGUUUCAAUGUGGAGACAGUGGAGUACAAGAACAUCAGCUUCACAGUGUGGGACGUGGGUGGCCAGGACAAGAUCCGUCCCCUUUGGAGACACUACUUCCAGAACACACAAGGUCUGAUCUUUGUGGUGGACAGCAAUGACAGGGAGCGGGUAAACGAAGCCCGUGAGGAGCUGAUGAGGAUGCUGGCUGAGGAUGAGCUGCGGGACGCUGUGCUGCUUGUCUUCGCCAACAAACAAGACCUGCCUAACGCUAUGAACGCCGCAGAGAUCACAGACAAGCUGGGCCUGCACUCCUUACGCCACCGCAACUGGUACAUCCAGGCCACCUGCGCCACCAGCGGGGACGGCCUCUAUGAGGGCCUGGACUGGCUGGCCAAUCAGCUGAAGAACAAGAAGUGAACAGCUGGUCAGGGAGGAGUGGGGAAGAGCCUGGGUGACAGCUCCAGGUAGAGGGUUACAGCAGGUCUGUUGUGUUUACAAAACAGAGAGAAAACACUGAAAAAGCUCCCAGGAGGUUGAUUCUCGAUGGCUUUCCCCUCACAGAUACUUUUAUCUUUCCAUUUCUCUACUUUUUAUUCAUUUGACUCAUUUGGAUCUGUGGUGACUCUUCUUUUAAAUGAUUUACAAACAAAUGGUGUCAAAGCUGAUCUAAUCUGUGCUUUCCAAACCAAAUGCAUAAAUACUGGAUUUAAUACUCUUAUAUUACAAUAAAGGUGUAUGACUUUCCCGUUCUUUAAAAUCUGUGAUCAACAUCAAAUAUUGGCGGCAGAGCUGCCUUAUCUUGAAUCUAUAAACGUGCUGUAACAUAUAAAGACUGUCAUAAACGUGUAGAGGGAUAGUAUUUUAGAGCAUUAACUAAAAGUUUUACAUGCGGUUCGCUCCUACAGGCUCGGAUAAAAGCUUUUACUGACAUGAGGUUGUGUCCCCUGAUUUUACUCAUGUGAAAGACUUUAUCAGGUUCAGAUUGUAUUUAUUUUGAGAAACAUGAACUCUGCUGAUUAGCGUGUUUCGUCCUUAUUUGUUUAUUUAUUGAUUGCUGUUAUGCUCUGAGUGCAUCGUAUGAGUUACUCUCUUUACUUUUGUUUGUGUAUUUACUUUUAAGGCAGCUGUUUGAAGAAAAACAAUUAAAAAAGAGCAAGCCUUUAUAGUUUAACUGUGCGUUACUGUCUCCCAAUCUGCAUGGAAACAUCCCUUGUUCAGGCUAAUGAGGGCUGCUGCUGUAAAUAUUAGAAAUAAAUGUUGUUUUUGGCCUUUUCUGGCUUAGAGAGGGUUAAAGACAACUCACCCGGCCUCGGCGAGGUGUGAUAUCCAAGCUAAUGCAGAUGACAGAACAGACAGCCACUCUGUUACCAGCUUAGAGACGGGGG